ACGAGAAGAAAAGAGAACAGAGAUAUGGAGGACCUGAAGAAAGAAAUGGUCAUGGAGGAUCACAAACUGACCUUGGAACAGCUGAGCGCCAAGUAUUCGGUGGACUUGACAAAGGGCCUUACACCUGAAAAGGCACGGGAAAUCCUAGCACGAGAGGGACCUAAUACACUUACUCCACCUCCCACCACUCCGGAGUGGGUCAAAUUCUGUAAACAACUGUUUGGUGGCUUCUCCAUCCUACUGUGGAUUGGUUCCAUUCUUUGCUUUGUGGCCUUUGGCAUCCAGUUCUAUUUCCAUGAAGGGUUUACCAAUGAUAAUCUGUACCUGGGCCUGGUCCUAAGCAUCGUGGUCAUCAUCACUGGCUGCUUCUCCUACUAUCAGGAGGCAAAGAGCUCCAAGAUCAUGGAGUCUUUUAAGAAUAUGGUGCCACAGCAAGCCCUGGUCAUUCGAGGCGGAGAGAAGAUGCAGAUCAAUGUAGAAGGCGUGGUACGGGGAGACCUGGUAGAAGUGAAAGGUGGAGACCGGAUCCCAGCUGACAUUCGAAUUAUCUCUUCACAAGGAUGUAAGGUGGACAACUCUUCCUUGACUGGAGAGUCAGAACCCCAAAGUCGCUCCCCUGAGUUCACCCAUGAGAACCCCCUGGAAACCCGAAACAUCUGCUUCUUCUCCACCAAUUGUGUGGAAGGAACAGCCCAGGGCGUUGUGAUUGCUACCGGAGACCUCACAAUGAUGGGUCGGAUAGCAACACUGACAUCAGGCCUGGCAGCUGGCAAGACCCCUAUUGCUACUGAGAUAGAGCACUUCAUCCAACUGAUCACCAUAGUGGCUGUCUUGCUAGGGAUCUCUUUCUUUGCACUUUCACUUAUCUUGGGCUAUGGCUGGCUGCAAGCUGUCAUUUUUCUUAUCGGCAUCAUUGUGGCCAAUGUGCCUGAGGGACUGCUGGCCACCGUCACUGUGUGUCUGACCCUGACAGCCAAGCGCAUGGCGUGGAAGAACUGCCUGGUGAAGAACCUCGAGGCGGUGGAGACGCUGGGCUCCACCUCCACCAUCUGCUCCGACAAGACAGGCACUCUCACCCAGAACCGCAUGACCGUCGCCCACUUAUGGUUUGAUAGGACCAUAUAUGAGGCUGACACCGCAGAAGGACAGACUGAAAAGACAUUUGCCAAGGACUCUCCUACUUGGUUCACCCUAGCCCGAAUCGCUGGCCUCUGCAACCGGGCUGACUUUAAGGCGAAUCAGGAGACACUUCCCAUAGUUAAGCGCGAAACAACAGGUGAUGCCUCUGAGUCAGCCCUGCUCAAGUUCAUCGAGCAGUCUUACAGCUCCGUGAAGGAUAUGAGAAAAAAGAACCCCAAGGUGGCAGAGAUUCCCUUUAAUUCCACCAAUAAGUACCAGAUGUCCAUCCACAUUCCGGAGGACGGCUCUCAUACUCACAUGCUGCUGAUGAAGGGGGCUCCUGAGAGGAUCUUAGACUUAUGUUCUUCAUUCCUGCUGAAUGGACAGGAAUAUCCAAUGAACAGUGACAUGAGGAAUGCCUUCCAGAAUGCCUACUUGGAUCUGGGAGGUCUGGGAGAACGCGUGCUAGGAUUCUGUUUCUUGAAUCUGCCUAAUAGUUACUCCAAAGGAUUCCCAUUUGAUACAGACAAAAUUAAUUUUCCCAUGGAGAACCUUUGUUUUGUGGGGCUCAUAUCAAUGAUUGAUCCUCCACGAGCCGCUGUGCCUGAUGCGGUAAACAAGUGUCGUAGCGCAGGGAUAAAGGUGAUCAUGGUAACAGGGGAUCAUCCCAUUACAGCCAAGGCCAUUGCUAAAGGUGUGGGCAUCAUCUCAGAAGGUAACGAGACAGCAGAGGACAUGGCUGCCCGGCUCCAGGUUCCUAUCAGCCAGAUCAAUCCCAGGGAUGUUAAAGCCAUUGUGGUACAUGGCUCAGAACUAAAGGAUUUGUCGUCAGAGCAACUAGACGAGAUCCUUAGGAACCACAAGGAGAUUGUGUUUGCACGGACCUCCCCUCAGCAAAAGUUAAUCAUCGUAGAGGGAUGUCAGAGGCAGGGUGCCAUUGUUGCAGUGACGGGUGACGGGGUGAAUGACUCCCCUGCUCUGAAGAAGGCUGAUAUUGGCAUUGCCAUGGGCAUCGCUGGCUCUGAUGUCUCUAAGCAGGCAGCCGACAUGAUCCUGCUGGACGACAAUUUCGCCUCCAUCGUCACAGGAAUAGAGGAGGGUCGCCUCAUCUUUGACAACCUGAAGAAAUCCAUUGCAUACACCCUGACCAGUAACAUUCCUGAGAUCACACCCUUCCUGCUCUUCAUCAUCCUCAGUAUACCACUGCCUUUGGGGACCAUAACCAUUCUCUGCAUUGACCUAGGCACCGACAUGAUCCCUGCCAUCUCCUUGGCUUAUGAGGCAGCUGAAAGUGACAUCAUGAAGAGAGCACCCCGGAACCCAAAGACUGAUAAUCUAGUGAACUACCGGCUCAUCAGUAUGGCUUAUGGACAGAUUGGGAUGAUUCAGGCUCUGGCUGGAUUCUUCACCUACUUUGUGGUCCUGGCUGAGAAUGGCUUUAAGCCUUUGGAUCUGAUGGGCAUCCGCCUCUCCUGGGAAGAUCGAUACUUAAAUGACCUGGUGGACAGCUAUGGACAGCAAUGGACCUUCGAGCAGCGGAAGGUGGUGGAGUUCACAUGCCACACGGCCUUCUUUGUCAGCAUCGUGGUUGUGCAGUGGGCUGACCUCAUCAUCUGCAAAACCCGCCGCAACUCAGUCUUCCAGCAGGGCAUGAAAAACAAGGUCCUACUAGUUGGGAUUUUGGAGGAGACAUUACUGGCUGCUAUUCUGUCCUACACUCCAGGCAUGGACAUGGCCCUGAGAAUGUACCCACUCAAGGUGACCUGGUGGGUCUGUGCCAUGCCCUAUAGCCUUCUUAUCUUUGUAUAUGAUGAAGUCAGAAAACUCAUCAUUCGACGAAGACCUGGUGGCUGGUUGGAGGAGGAGACCUAUUACUGA